ACCUCCAGUAAUACUUAAUUCGUUUUAUAAAGCAUGUUAGACACCAAAAUCGUUUUUCUGCGGCAGGCUGCUAGGUAGACAUCCGAAGUGCUGUCCUUAGAAGCCGAGCUAGGACUUUGGCCCGUCGUGAACAAUUCGGCUCUGGUGCCCCGCUCCUGUGUAGGUGCCUGCCCUGCAGGGUCUGGAGCUGUGCUGGCCCCUCUCUUCCCGCCCUCCCUGGCUGGGGCUGCUGUGUGCUCAGCGUCUCACUGGAGAGCAGGCUUGCUUCAGCGUGGUUGCUCUUCCCAGGAGUGCACUCUCAGGAGCCCGGUCUGAAACAGUCUCGGGCCUUCCUUUUGGUUUUAUCUUUACUUAUGCCAGCCUGUAUUCCUUUAAACCGGGGGCCCUAAGGCUGGCAUCCCAAAAUACACCGUCCAGGCCGCUCCUCGCUGGCUUGCUCCGGCGCUCCAGGGAGGGCUUGCUGACCUGAAGGUGUCCUCUGGCCGUAGUCACUCUGCCCCAGGUCAAGAGACCAGAGAAGACGUUGGCACCGGGACCCGCCACUGGCAAAGUAGCUGUCAUCUGAGAAAGCCGGCCCAUGGGCCAAGGAUGGAUCCCAUUAACCUGGUGCCAUAUUUGCCUCAGGCAAAGUGGUCCCCAGGGCCAGGACACCAAGGCUGGCAUGCGAUGUUGUGUCAGGUGCGCAAGGAAUCCCAGAAGUGUACAAGACGGAAGAGUCUGCUGAAGGUGAGGCUCAUGGACUUUAUUACCUCCACGGCCAUCCUGCCCCUGCUGUUUGGCUGUGUGGGCGUCUUCAGCCUCUUCAAGCUGCUGCAGCGGAUGCGCACGAACGCCUACCUGCGGAACGCCGUGGUGGUCAUCACGGGUGCUACCUCAGGCCUGGGGCGAGAAUGCGCCAGAGUCUUCUACACUGCGGGUGCUAAGCUGGUGCUCUGCGGCCGAAACCGGGAGGCCCUGGAAGAGCUCACCGAAGAACUUGCUGCUUCUCUGGCCACCAAGGUGCAGACACACCGGCCUUACACGGUGACCUUUGACCUCGCCGACCCCGGGGCCAUUGUCGCAGCAACGGCGGAGAUCCUGCAGCGCUUUGGCCAUGUGGACGUGCUCCUCAACAACGCCGGCAUCAGCUACCGCGGCGCCAUCGUGGACACCUCCACGGACGUGGAUAAGAAAGUCAUGGAGACGAACUACUUUGGCCCAGUUGCUCUAACGAAAGCGCUCCUGCCCUCCAUGAUCAAAAGACGACAAGGCCACAUUGUUGUGAUCAGCAGCAUCCAGGGCAAAAUCAGCAUUCCUUUCCGAUCAGCAUAUGCAGCCUCCAAACAUGCAACCCAGGCAUUCUUUGACUGUCUUCGUGCCGAGAUGGAGCAGUAUGAGAUCGAGGUGACUGUCAUCAGCCCUGGCUACAUCCACACCAACCUCUCUCUCAAUGCCGUCACUGCCGACGGGUCCACAUACGGAGUUAUGGACAAGACCACGGCCCAAGGCCGAAGCCCUGUGGAGGUGGCCCGAGAUGUUCUGGCUGCCGUGGGGAAGAAAAAGAAGGAUGUGAUCCUGGCCGACCUGUUGCCUUCCUUGGCCAUUUAUCUGCGAACUCUGGCUCCUGGGCUCUUCUUCAGCCUCAUGGCCUCCAGGGCCAGAAAGGAGCGGAAGUCCAAGAACUCCUAGUGGCGCAUCCCAUCUGGGCUAGGGAGCAGCACCUGGCUGGGUGCAGCUCCUCGAUAAGGGGCGGCUGCAUUUGUUGAAACCUUACUGGAUAUUUGUCUUACGGGUGGGAAAGAUGGAACACACACUUCUGAAGAUCCCUGGCUAGGCCCCUGCUAAUAGAAUGAGAACCAAAAAGGGCAACCAGCUUCUUAGGGGUGAGGGGUAAACCUUAAGGAACAAAUGUGGAGCUGGGUUUAAACUAAGACUCUGAAAUAAAUGAAUGAACGGUUAAGAGUUGUAGUCCUCGAGGGCUGCCAGCACCAUGCCUCCUUUGAAUUCCAGCCUCAGCCAGCUCCUAAAAAGUGUGUCAGUCUUGAAGACGGAAGACAUCCUGACAUCAUGUGACCCACUUCUCAUAUUUGACUGAUCUGGAUCACAAACUAAUGGUUUUGGCAGAGUCACCUGCAGUACUCAAGGGAGCAGGCUGUCCUUUUAAGAAGCCGUCAUCCAUAUCCACCGUCAGGGUCCUACAGUCCGUCAUCCAACACAACAAAUGGGCUCCUGUGUGUUCCGUCUUUCCACGUAACCCAAGUGAUGCUGGCUUUAGUAACUAAAAGGAAUUCCCCGGUUUCCCUGUGCACUCUCACCUGAAGCCGUGUAGACCAGGCCCCACUUCAAGCAGAAGAUGAAUGUACAAGGACACGGCAGCCAAAAGGGAGAGGAAAACCACCCGGAUGGUCCCGCAGAUCUCUAGGAAGUGAGACUCCGAAGCCCGGUCAGCUGGGGGGGGGGUUCUGAGGCCGCAGGUGGCCCCCGGUGACAGAAGUCAUUUGUUAGCUGUGCCUGUUGGAGCGGAGCCAGAAGGGAUGCUUGGUUCCACCUUUCUGAUUUAUUAAAAAUACAUGGUUGAAGUUCAGUGAGUAAAUCGACGUCAUACUUGAAGUUUAGAAUGAAACUUUUCCUAUUAGGCUGAAAGUGGAAAUUGUGGGUAUAUGGUAUGGCUUCCCCGAUGUGGAAUAAAAAUGUCCUAGCACGUCAUAGCGGCAUCUUACGCUGUGUCCUAACUCUGGCCCUGCAGAGCUUGUAUCUUAAACAGCUGUCCCUGAAAUAAAAAUGGCCAAAGCCAACCUAUGGUUAGUGUUUGAGGCUCUCGAGUUUCCUGGGAGCAGGAGGACAAGGAGUGGGGCAUUAGCUCUGGUGACCUUCCCCAGCUCCCAGCGCUGCCUGAACAUUGCAGGGGCCCGUGGUGGAAGUGUGCACCCGGACAUCCGGGGCAGCUCUUCAUUUUCCACCGAAGCCAUCUACUUCCUCCUAACGCGGGAGAGAACGAUCUUACUGUUCACGUCAGGGCUGUUGGAGCCAGGGAAGAGCUGGACCCACGACAGCCGUAGUGGCCACUUUAAAGCCUACCGUGAGAGGGAAUAAAAUUGUCAAGUGCACAGCACGUCCGCAGGAAAGGCAGUGACAGAGGAAGGCGUGCGUCCAAAUGGGAACGGGAGAACAUCUGUCCUUGGGCACUCAGCUGACUGGCACUUUCAGCGGGGCCCGGACCCAGGUGCUGUCCUUUUCUCUCCGUUAAACAAAACGGGCAGCAACUGGACACUGGUGUGACCUGCUGUCCUCUAAAGAACACAUGCUUAGCAGCCACACAGUCCGUCAUCAAAACAUGGCACCCACUCCGCUGCGGAGGGCGUUGCUUUGGGGGCCCACCAAGCCCCGACCCAGGCGCGGGUCCGUACGCAGAGCUCGGAGCAGACACGAAGGGUCUCUUAACCCACACACGAGCCCUGAGCCCGAUUCCAAACCACUGGAUGUUUAUUGACCUCAUAUUUUUAAAGACUCACACUCACUUUCUUAAACUUACUUCAGAAACUUUAUAUUCUACCGUAUCAAUAGCAAAUGCAGCACAACCAAUCAUGAAAAGCUAGCUACGUCCGGCCGCCUGGCAGACGCUGUCCAAGGCCCGGCUGCUCCUGAGGACGUCGGCCAUACCGCAGAGGUAGUAAAGAUGCGCUCCCGCCGCACAGAUGCUCUUUGUGGCCUCGGAAACGAGGGAGAGGACUGAGGAGGGCCAGCGACGUCAGUGCUCUGGAGGGCACGCUGGCGUGAAGGUGGGGCUCCCCGCCCGGGAGGGCGAGCCCCCCACACACACACACUGUGCCCCGGCCAGGACCCCACUCUUGCUUUCAAGCCAGUGUUUGAAUAUGAACAUCGGCCACCAGGGGCAGGGGUGGUGCUGUUGCCAUUUCUCUUUUCUGUCCUCAAGGGUUUUUCCACCCCUCCCCCACCGUGGAUUGGGGGUAGGUUGGAAAAGCUCUGCAUUGGUUCUGCCCGCACAUAAAGUUCAAAGGCACUUUCCACUCUGCUCUGUGGGCCUCCUGGGGUUUCCCGGGCCGAGGGCCGAAGCACGCGCACGUGAGUUUCCAGCCAGCAGCGCUGCACAUCUGUGCGCGGCUCCCGAGUGGUCAGACGGGACAGGGAGCGCGCAGCUGCCACCAGCAGGCACCAGGGACGCCACUUCCCUUCCCUCCUUCGUGGGGCCCCGCAGCUGCUGAACCAGACGUGGACGCUUGGGAGGGAGCGGACAGGCUACGGAGAGAGCCGGUUUCUGUCUUUCUCAAAGAAGAAAACAAAUACACAUGUGCUUCUUUCAUAAUGGAAAAAUUAAUGGCCAACUUUUUCUUGAAAAAAAGAAAACUCUUGCUUGACAGCCCCGUAUCCCUCGGGGUGACAAGACCCCACAGCCGUGGACCGUCUAUGGCCGAGGUGAGCGGAGGGAGCCCAAUUCCGUGCUUGCGGAGAAGCCCGUGCUGCCAGGGAAUGAGCCCACCGCCGCGAGUCUGGGCACAGGCAGCAUCCCGUGGCUGACGUAGCCUGCUGGUCUCAGCCCCCUGCCAUCCUGCCAGUGAGCAGGAGGAAAAUUCCAUUUCCCUGUCGGCUCAAGCAAGCACUGGCCAAGGGGCCGGGCAGGCCACCAUCACUUUCUGGUCCUGGCAGAACCGGAAGAGGCUAAUCUAACUGUAGCAGAAGGCCUUGCUUUGGGCCCACUUCCUGGAGCAGGUCCUGGGCUCCCAGGCAGGCCCGGGCUGCGAGCUCCCGUCUGAAACACAACGGAUGUCAGUUCGGAGCUCUGUGGAGGCAGACUGGGUUUUCACCACAGCAACCCCAGCACCGGGCCUGAAUGGGACACCUUACCAGCAGACAUCAGCGGAAGCACAUUCGAAAUGAGUGGCAGGGGAAAAACAAUUAUGGUAAUUAAGAGAACAGGUGGGUGAAAAAUUAAACUAGGUCCAUAUGUCAGGUUGCUUUCCACCUACUAAGCAUGUGGCCACUCCAUUACCUGUGCUCUGUGAGGUGCUGAACUUUACCUCUACCCCCCAGAUCUAGAAUCCACUUUUGGCUAACCAAAAAUUGCCAAAGAAAGCAGGAGGAAUCUAUGUUGUGGAUUGAAAGGCCCCUUCGGACAGAAAGGCACAGGCACGUAGCCCCAGAUGUUGAGGAUGACUCCAAACAGGCCAAGGAACUUCCACAGGCCCCUGGCAGGUUCGUCUGAUUCAGAGAAAGCCCCGCACGAGAGCACACGCUUCUCCCCGGUGCUCUGGGAGGUGCACUGCGCCCUGCCGUGGGAAUGAGAACACAGUGCACCGAGUGCGGGAGUCCGGAGGCCUGGAUUGUACUUCCCUCUCGAUGACUCGCUGGCUUUGUGGCCAAGGGCAAAAGCCCUUGCUGCUCGAAGCCACGCUGCCUCGGGUCCAGCAGGGCAAAGGCCCUAGGUCUCCCCGAGUGAGUGCCACAGCGAGGGUGGAAUGGGGUCGGCUAGGCCAGCCCAAGGGACAGCCGCAACGCAUACCCCGGUGUAAGGCCCACGCAGCUGUAUCUAUUUAAAUUAUCUAAAACUGUCAAGUAACAACUCCAGUUCCUCAGACACAGGGGCCACACCUCGAACACUCCACGGCCACCUGCGGCUAACGGCUACCCCAACGGACAGCACAGAGACAGAGCAUUUCUCUUAAUGGCAGAAAAUCCUACCGAACAGCCCUGAGCUAAAGGACUCCUACGACUCUACUAAGCGAUUACUGGCUCUCCCAAGAACUCUGCGGCCCAUAACGCUGCUGCUGGCAGGGACGAACACAGUGGCAGCUGGGAGGUGCCCAAGGGUUCGGUCCGUGGAGGACCUCCCACCUCCUCCCACUGCCCCUGCUCACCGAGGCCCCGGAUGAGAAGCCCAGCUCAGGCCUGGCCUCGGCCUCCUGCUCCCCUCCCCGCAUACAAGAGCAUCCCGCCCUUCUUCAGGAAGUUGGGAUGGAGCUGAAACGGGGCCUAAAGGACUAAACCCCCGAGGCACAAGGUAGUGCGGCUGGAACCAGACUGCUCCAGUCAAUCCAGGAAAAUGGAAAAUCGUGCCUUAAGAGGAUGAACACCACAGAUGACCUUAAGUUGCAAUAUCCAAUUUCCGGGAUCAGAACAUGUGGCCUAAGUGUGCACGACUCCACCUUCUGGUAGCCAGCUGGGGAGGACCCACACGCCCACAGACCCGGGUGCAGAAGCUCUACCUGUGUGGCUCAUCCAGGCCAGGACGAAAGAAACGUUUUUACCACCUACUAGAGCUGGAAAGGCAGUUUUCCAAGAGGAAAAAAAACACCCCAGACCACUUAGGGUCCUCAGCUCUAGAAGGAAAAGAAGAGAUCAAAAUGAGGAGAAUGUCACUCCCGGAAUGUGAGCCAACUGCCCACAUGGCUUGUGGCCCAUCUGUUCAGCUGGACUGGGACCUAAACUCUCUACCAGCCAUCCAGGACCACAUCUCUUCAAUUCUCAUAUUCAAGCAACGCUGUCAAAAAAGGAGGACCAAGUCCUGGGAAAGAAGGUACAUGGUACAGAAAGACGUGGACAUAAUCCCACGGACCCGGCUGCCUAAAAGCACGGGCAGUCGGCCACACAAGCCAGGGGAGGGGAGGGCCGCAAGAAGUGACUUCUCCCAAACACCUGAGCAUUUAGGCCAGCAUGCCCGGCCCUCUGAACACCCCAGGUCUGUAAACAGCGCUGCUGCCUUGCAUCAUGAUCAGAAUGAGAUCAAGCAGAUCUUCACAUGCUGAGAAGAGCGGGCGCUGGGAGUACGUGGCUAUACUCACAUUCCAACAAGCACGCUCGGAGGCCCUGAGGGAGUGAAGACAAGCAGCCCAAGCAGGACAGGCGGGACUGUCUGUGAGCUGGUCCGGGGUGGCACCCAAGUGGCAGAACACACAGAUACCUGCACUGCGCCUUCCUAGAUGGGCAAGUGUGUCUCAAAGACGCCGACGGGACAAGCGGCAAUCUGUUUCGUGUGCUCGCUGCCAGUGUGCUGAAUUCUGCACAAGAAUUCAGGUUACAGCUCAGAGUCUGAUGUUCUUCAUGACAAACACUGGUGAGUCCCUGGAUUUAAUGGAGUGGAGAGAAAAAUCAACAUGCAAGCAGCUGGCAUUUUGCUAUUUCCACCCCUCUCCUCUUGUAGUCUAGACCAGUGUUGUCGCAUCACUAGAACAUUCUGCAGUGAUGGAGGUGUUCCAGAGCUGCCCUACGCAACGUGGUAGCCCCGAGUCCCACGUGGCCACUGAGCAAAACGUGACUAGUGUGACUGAGGACCUGAAAUUUUUCAUCUUAUUUAUUUUUAUUUAAUUUUUUAAUUUUUUUUUUUUUUAAGUACUCUCUACACCCAGCGCGGGGCUCGAACUCACAACCCUGAGGUCAGGAGUUGUACGCUCUACUGACUGAGCCAGCCAGGGGCCCCUGUGUUUAAUUAAUUUAAAUUUAAUUGCCACAUGUGACUAGUGGCUACAGAAUGAACACAGCUCUAGACUCAAGAACCAGGUAAAGAAUUCACACCUUGUGUAUUCUAAAGUGGACCACCAUUAAUACACAGCUGGGGUCAGUAAUGCCAGUGGGUGGUAUGGCCCUGGGCUGGGCCUUUAAAUACAAGUCAUGCCUUGGAGUUUACAGCCACUGGCAAAUCUGGAAAGCUUGCCCAAAGUGUUGCUCUGCUCCAGCUCCUGCCCCAAACCAGGCAAUGUGUCCUUCGCUUUCAGCAUAAAGCAGACUCCAGCUGGGUGUGUCAAGCAAUUCUGGAAAGUGGUCUUCCAAUGUGAAGCUGAGAUCUGAGUCAGCACAAAUGUGACAUGGAACAAACUCAUUUAAGAGAGCUAUAAACAGCCUAUUUCAGUCAUAAGAGCCAAUAAUAUGCUUGGGCCUCUUAAUCUACGGUGCUGGGCAAUCAAUUAAUCCAGCCUGCCCCACCCAAACAGUCUUUCCACCCACUGAGCAGGAAUGGAGGUGUGCCCAGAAGUUAGCUAGCUGGCCCAGCAGUGGGUUAUGUUUCCAUCCCCUGCUCAGCAUGGGAGGAUCUUAGGGAAACCGGGCUCAGACAGAUGACUCCUCCAACAGAGCCUGGCUAGGGCCUCCCAGCAAAGGCAAACAGAAAGGGUCUCCCCCAGCCACACACCACAGUAUCUGGGAGAAGUGGGGCCACCCGAGUCACAAAAUUUGAUGCCCCAUUCCUGGCUGACAUACAGCAUCUGCAUUUGUGAGCAGAGCCUUCAGUUCUAGGCCAAAGGUUGCAACCUGCACACCUAGGGAGACUAGGCAGGUAACCGCAAUGAGUCAAGCUGUCAGGUGAGUAAUGAACUAGAGAGCACUUGCCCUGACCCAGAAAAGUCGGCCACUACUCAGCUUUUCAAGGACAGUUUUAUGUGAAAUCUUUCAACUUAUAAGUAUUGGCAACUGAUUUAAAUUCUUUUUAAAACCUGAGGAUCAACAGUCAAGGGCUGGAUUCAGCCUAUGGGCUGCUAGUUUGCAGACUCAGUUUUGAAUUAAUGCCUGUCUCCAACCAAGGAGAUAAGACCCCCAGUAUCUGAUUUCUUAGAUCAAUAAAAGCUUAACUCGUGCUGGCACAACCCUUGUAUGGUGUCUGGGGCAUUCCUAUUUGGCUCUUCCAGCUGUUUUUAUCCAGUAAGGAGAAAUGCCUUUCUCCCGGCUACUCCGGCUUUUCUAAACAGGAUUAAUGGUCGCAUUAAAGAUUUGAAAACGUCUGCAGGUUUACAGGCCAUCUGGAAACCAUCAAGGUCACUUCUUUAACUUCUUCCUAUGGUCUGAUCUAAGAAGUAGCACAUGGGAGUUGGAAAAACAAAAAUUAUCUGCUUGCCAUUCACUGCUUUUCCACACAAGAGGAAGUGCAGAACAGACAACGUUGGAUAACUCUGAGCUUAAGAAUAAAAUGCAAGCUGGUCUAUCACAACUACCAAACAGGAAGGAUCUUCUGAGCUGAAAAAACCAUCUGCAUGCAACAGCAACAAGUAUGUGAUGGAAUCAAAGAAAACGAAUAAUGAGGAUAGUUAAGAGAAAGGGGGGGGGGGGAAGAGAGAGAAAGAGAACUCUUCUGGGUAAUAAGCUUCUCCAAAGAGACAAAAAAAAAACGCAAACAACAAACUUUCUUGCUGACCUCGGCUAUACAAACCAAGCCACAGCACAAUGGACAAAGCAGCUGAAUCCAGGUGACUCCACCAAUACAAAUCCUUCCCCAAAUUUCUAGUAGCUGAACAGCUUCUAGUGGCUUCUACUAGCUGAAACUGCUUUCCUGAAGCAAAAACUGUAAAUUCAACACGAAACACAAAAACCAUUCCAAUCUCAUCUUCUAGAAAUCAGUUCUCCAAAUCGAGAUCCACCUCGGAAGAAACAAGCCCCUAGCUCCCUACCCACACAUCAUUCAUUAGGAAAGGUCACUUUAAAGGACUUCCACGGCAGGGGCGCUUGCAGAGAACCCUCGAAAAGUCGCAAGAAUCGAGGGUUCGAGGAAGCGGCCGGCUCUCGGCCCGGGAGACAAACUGGGGAAGGUUAAAGCCAGCCUGAUAAACGUGCAGACCGCACUGCCCUUCCCGCCCGCAGCUGGCCCACUCGGUGAAGGCUUCCCUUCCUUCUCCCUCCCGGGAGCCAUUCCUCACCACGUCAGGGGUCGCGGCCGAGAUGCCACGCUCGUGGCCAGGCGGGACGGGAGCUUCGGCCGCCGGAUGCUAGGCGGGUCCCUUGGGCCUGCGCGGGGCUCCCGGUCCUUCCCGCGCGGCCCGGGCCCGGCCCGGCCCCUCUCUGGCCGCGGCCCACCUCGCCCGGCCCCGCCAUCGUCACCUCCCCUGAGCCUUCCGCGGAGGCCGCUUCAGCCGGGCUAGAGCGGGUGCCGGCUCCCACCCAGAUCCUGGAUCGGCCGGGACAGGAACCCCUCGUACCCCGCAGGGCUACGAGGAGGGCGGGUGGGCGGAAAGGGGAGCCCGGGGACGAAGGCAGGGACAGCGCUGCAGCCCCAGGAGGCCUCACUGGCCUCCAGGCUCCGGAGCCACUCGCCCUGGGAAAGCAACAGGCCCCCGGAUCUCACCUCUCACGGGCGCUGCCGCCACUGCUGCCCGGGCCAAGACGCCUCCUUCCCCAAGCGGCCAUCUUGGAGACACUCAGCUCGCAAA